GCUGCUCAAACGCUCGGGUGUGAUAAAUAAGAGUUUAUGAAGUUUAACUGCAGACUUUAGAGGAGUUUAAGCUGCAGAAUGGACGGAUGUUUGGGGCUCGUCUUCACGCUGGCUUCUCUGUUAGCCUCGUCGCCGGCAGCAGGACAAGCUACAACAACAAAUCCUGCAACGACGACUGGAAUUAGCUUUAGCUCUGCUGCUACUACGACAGGAAUUAGCUUUACCACAACAAAUCCUCCUGAUGCUACUACGACUGGAAUUAGCUUUAGCUCUGCUGCCGUUUCUACCAGUUCAAGUACACACAGUACCAGAACAAAUACUCCUGAUGCUACUACGACUGGAAUUAGCUUUAGCUCAGCCGGGCCUGCAAGUACUUCUAUCAUAGAAACCACUGCAGAAACUCCAGAAAUUACUGUAGAGACUCAAGGACCAGUAUUUACAGAAGUAGUAAGUUCUGCAUCUGCUUCUCCUGCAGAUACUACCAUCAUUUCAGAGACUACUAUUCCAACUAAUUCUCCUGGAAAUACUACCAGCGAGUCGGAGACUAGUACUCCAACUCCAUCUCCUUUGAACACCACUAUUCCAGCUACAAGUCCUUUAUACAGCACUGAAUCUCCAACUACUCCGACUCUUUUAACCACCGAUCCUCUAACUCCUGAAACCGGCGAUCCUACAACACAAGUUCCUGAAACCACCGUUCCUCCUACAACACAAGUUCCUGAAACCACCGUUCCUCCUACAACACAAGUUGUUGAAACUGCCGUUCCUCCUACAACACAAGUUGUUGAAACCACCGUUCCUCCUACAACACAAGUUCCUGAAACCGCCGUUCCUCCUACAACACAAGUUCCUGAAACCGCCGUUCCUCCUACAACACAAGUUCCUGAAACCACCGUUCCUCCUACAACACAAGUUGUUGAAACCGCCGUUCCUCCUACAACACAAGUUCCUGAAACCGCCGUUCCUCCUACAACACAAGUUCCUGAAACCGGCGUUCCUCCUACAACACAAGUUCCUGAAACCACCGUUCCUCCUACAACACAAGUUCCUGAAACCACCGGUCCUCCUACAACACAAGUUCCUGAAACCACCGGUCCUCCUACAACACAAGUUGUUGAAACCGCCGUUCCUCCUACAACACAAGUUCCUGAAACCGCCGUUCCUCCUACAACACAAGUUGUUGAAACCGCCGUUCCUCCUACAACACAAGUUGUUGAAACCGCCGUUCCUCCUACAACACAAGUUGUUGAAACCGCCGUUCCUCCUACAACACAAGUUGUUGAAACCGCCGUUCCUCCUACAACACAAGUUCCUGAAACCACUGUUCCUCCUACAACACAAGUUCCUGAAACCACCGUUCCUCCUACAACACAAGUUCCUGAAACCACCGUUCCUCCUACAACACAAGUUCCUGAAACCACCGAUCCUCCUACAACACAAGUUCCUGAAACCACCGAUCCUCCUACAACACAAGUUCCUGAAACCACCGUUCCUCCUACAACACAAGUUGUUGAAACCGCCGUUCCUCCUACAACACAAGUUGUUGAAACCGCCGUUCCUCCUACAACACAAGUUCCUGAAACCGCCGUUCCUCCUACAACACAAGUUCCUGAAACCACUGUUCCUCCUACAACACAAGUUCCUGAAACCGCCGUUCCUCCUACAACACAAGUUGUUGAAACCACCGUUCCUCCUACAACACAAGUUCCUGAAACCACCGGUCCUCCUACAACACAAGUUCCUGAAACCACCAUUCCUCCUACAACACAAGUUCCUGAAACCGGCGUUCCUCCUACAACACAAGUGGUUGAAUCCGGCGAUCCUACAACUCCUUUAACCAAUGAUCCUACAUCACCUUCUGAAACCGCCGCUACUACAUCACUUCCUGAUACCACCGGUACUACACUUCCUAUAACCUCCGAUCGUAUAUCACCUCCUGAAACCGCCGGUACUACACCUCCUUUAACCAACGAUCCUACAACUCCUGAAACCACCGAUCCUCCAACUACUGAAACCACCGAUCCUCCAACUCCUGAAACCACCGAUCCUCCAACUACUGAAACCACCGAUCCUCCAACUCCUGCAACCACCGAUCCUCCAACUUCUCUAUCCACCGAUUCUCCAACUCCUCUAACCACCGAUCCUCCAACUACUGAAACCACCGAUCCUCCAACUACUGAAACCACCGAUCCUCCAACUCCUGCAACCACCGAUCCUCCAACUUCUCUAUCCACCGAUUCUCCAACUCCUCUAACCACCGAUUCUCCAACUACUGAAACCACUGAUCCUCCAACUCCUCUAACCACCGAUUCUCCAACUUCUCUAUCCACCGAUUCUCCAACUCCUCCAACCACCGAUUCUCCAACUCCAACCACCGAUUCUCCAAUUCCAACCACCGAUUCUCCAACUCCUCCAACCACCGAUUCUCCAACUCCUCCAACCACUGAUCCUCCAACCACUGAUCCUCCAACCACUGAUCCUCCAACUACUGAUCCUCCAACCACUGAUCCUCCAACCACAACUCCUCCAACCACUGAUCCUCCAACCACUGAUCCUCCAACC